AUGCAAAAAACCAAAAACAACAAGGAAGAAACAAUUUCCCCAGCAAACAUGGACAAGCAGGAUUCUGAAUCCUCAACAGUUCAGAACGGGACUACAUGCGAAGCUCUCGACUGCGUCCUCAUCACCACUCGCAACGACGCGCAAAAAAUGAACCUCGCUCAAGCAGAAGCGAGGCUGAAGGUGGCAGCAACCAAUGCAAAGGCAGCAGCAAACAAUGCAAUACUUUAUGUCGGCAAGGCAGUACAGCCAGACUUUAGUCGGCUGACCUGCGGCGGCACCAGAGUCACAAGCUUACGCCUUUUAACCAGUGUUCAUCCGGCGCACACUGCAGGUUCCCCCGCCCCCAUGCCUGCGAAUGCCCCACCUACCAAUGCCUCCUCGAAUGAAGACAAAUUGCCUGAACGCGUCGACUUAAUGUCUAUCGGUGACUUCACUGACGACGACUUGGAGGCUAUCAAUUACAGUCUUCAAGGUGACCAAGGUUAUCGCUUCUCGUAUCCAGAAGGCGGCUAUCGCCAGUAUCACGGGUUUCUGCCUGAGGAGGGACCCCGCAGUCCAGCAGACGAUCGGACUUUGAUGUUCGAUAACGAUUCCUCCACUUGGGUCCCAAUUCCACCUGGGUUUACAGCCCCCCACGUUAUCGAGGACUACAUCGAAGCAGUCAACGAUGUCCGAAAGCUUAGUCGUAACUGCAGCUCCUAUGUUCACCCAGAGGCGAAGAGGGCCUUUCAAGAAUUAAACAACUCUCGUGGGCGGGACGAUCCGGAACUUAAACUUGUCUGCGUCAACUAUCUGUCUCUCGACGAAGAGAAGGGAUUACAAGCGGGGUUGAACGAGGAGGGUGCCGUUUACAAGUUCAAAAAGCCAUGGGAGGAAGGUCAUGUGCGCUAUCACGGACACUUACCUCGAGAAGGUCGGCAAAACGCAGCUGACAAACUCACGGAAAUCUGGGAUGAGACCAAGAACAAAUACGUCGGCAUUCCUGAUGACCAUACGGUCCCUCACGACCCACAAGAUUAUGUCGAUGCGGUGAACUGGGAGAUUGUGCACACAGAGGAAAUUCGUCGUGCAGAGGUUGCACAGGCCGCUCGACGUGCUCAGGUUAAUUAUGAUGAAUGGGACGCACCAGAUCCCAUGAUUGAGAGUGAUCUCAGCGGUUCAGAUUGGGAAGAGACACGAUGGGAGAAGAGGGCUCUGGCUAAGUCUAGCGGAAAACCAGUUUCAGAUACGGAUGAGGAAGACGAAGAGGAAGAACGCGAGAUGCAGCAUGAACUGCAAGAAGAGGCGCGCUCAUCAGCUGCCGUCCCUGUCGUAACUAUCAAGAGGUCUGACUCAGAUUUGGAGAUGGGUUUGCGUGGGGGGCCUCCGACCUCAUCCGACGCUUGUUGGGAGGCUUUGAGAGCUUCGUUCACGCCUGCCCAAAAAGAUGCAGCAUGCAUCUUGAGAAGCUAUGGGUUGACAUUGAUGCCUGAUGCGCUGCUCACCGAAGCCAACGAAAUUUCCUCGAAAAAGCUGUCCCUCUUGGAGUCGGCGAUGUACCCAAUGCUCGGAAACAUUGUGUGGCAACUUGCUGGAAGGAUAGGCAAUCUCUAUGGUCGCACAGCUCAGUUCGCCAUGGAGAGGGCGGGUCUUUUCCAGAAGGAGAAGAGGGCCCCAAACCGAUACAAUCUAUACAAGUCUUUUGCCAGCCAAUCAAAACCAGAGGAUGGCAAUAAAGAGGGUCUGCUACUUUGGAACAAAACUAACAACGAAGAAUACAGAAAGCUCAUGGAUGGAGCAACGACAAAAGAGGAGAAAGAUGAACGCAUCAAGGACGCCGUAAAGUUCCUCCAGGAGCAGGUUACUGAUGAGGGCACCAAUGUCCGCGAUGCGAGCCUCCGCUUUGCAGAUAACCUCAAGGCAAUCACGGACCUUAUAACUAACAUCAAACGACGUGAUCGCUCUUUUGACUUUGCAGGUAUAAUGGUUUACAGCGGGCAGAACGCAACGGCGCGUAAUAAGUCUGGUUUCUUCAUGAGCUCGUCAGAACUUCAAGAUCUCUGCAAGCGUGAACAAUGGCCGAUAGCCAUGCUGACAGAUGUUUUCGUUAGCAAAGUCCGGGCGAUGCACGCGGACCGCAUAAUCAGGGACCAAGUCAUACAGCAUGGCAUGGCGUCAUCGGCGACACCUUCCGUGGUCACCAAAAGAUCGACUGCCGGCCCAUCGACUGCCAGCCCACCGAGUGCUCGCCUAUCGACUGCUGGCCCGUCGACUGCUCAGGUGGCAAAGGCAUCGAUCAUCACAGUUGCUGCGGACGAAAAGAUCCUACCCAACGCAAAAGAUCGCCAGAGGCAAUUCUCCGAUUUGUUUCUAAAUCUUCUAAAUAGUUACUUGCCUCAAAAAGAGCUGCGGAAGUCAGUUCCUUGGACAACAUGGCCCAACCUCGCCUACCAGUUCCAACUCGUUAUCACUGGAUGGGAUUCCACGAUGCUCGACGUUGGUUUCUGCAGGUCGUUUGUCUCUACAAAAAUCCAGAACAGGCAAUGGAUGCAUUUCUCCCUUCUCGUGAUCAAGGGCAUUCUCCAAAUCAAGAGCUGGAAUGCAGAUCAAAAACAGAUUGCUGAAGCCGACGCGCGCUUCGGUGAAAUCCCGGUCAUUCUCAACCAGCAGGGUCUCCCGAUGGUCUUCGUCAAAGACUCAAAUAAGUGGGUCCGUGGCAACUGCCUUAUCUCAACUACAGUCAACAAACAGCAACACAACGGUACGCCGAGCUCUCCGGCCUCGAUCUCGUCCCCUCCUCCUUCGCCAGGGCCAUCCAAGAAGCGUUUGCGUGACGACGCAAUGUCCCUUCCCGAUGAACGCGAAGAUGCAAGGUCUGUGAGGGAUUACCGCCCUAUUCCGAAACACAAGCAAGCGCAAGAGGAGCCUGAAGCAAAGCGCCAACGUCGUGUCUCCUUUGUCGGCCUUUCCGACAAUAUGUUCUACAAGAAGUACCGUCAGGCGACUCAGCCGGUUCAGCCAGUUUCGUUCUAUAAUCCGCUCCGAAAUCAGUCGACAUCUUCAUCCUCUCGAUCCGAUCCGACAUCGCAGCAAUCUGUCUCAAAAACACGUUGGCGCUGGCAAGAAGAACUAACUAACUCUUGCAUCGUCAUGCUGUCACUCCUUUCUACCUUUGUACAUGCUUUCGUGAUUGAUAUUUGCUUACUAUCAUAUUUAACAUCACCCCGUUCUACUGACUUACACUCUUAUUUGGAGAUCAUUUGUGAAAAUGUCUUGCUUAAAGUCAUCCAAUCUUAA